UCUGUAGAUGGUUUGUCAGGAUUGUGCUAGACUAUGCUGGUUCUAUUUUCUUCUCUAUCCAGCAAGAAAUUAACUUUUGUGAUUGGUCAGUCCCCUUAUCUUACUUCCUGUAUUCAUCACUUACCUGUGGUUUAACAGGGAAUGGCAGGGCGCCAAGGUUCUGAUAUUCAUCAUCCACAGUUCACUACACGUGGAGAUGGAGGAAGAGUUCUACAGGGAAGUGUUCAUCAGAGACGUUACCCUUCUAAAGUACCUGAUGCCGCGCACAUGAAACUACCUGUCACACUAGAUAACUAUAAAGCAAAGUUCACUGCCUUACUCUAUUAUGAAGAACUGGAACACAUUGAACUGUUGAAGAAGAAGUGUGAUGGUUGUUACACCCUGAAAAAAUGUCAGCCACCUUCCUUAAGAUAUGAUGAAGAAGACUACCCUGAUAAUUUCUAUUGUCUAGAAGGAAUGUCAUCAGCACAGAUCAUGUAUGCUACUCAAGCCAGUGAUCGACACGUUACUUUUAGCAUUGGUCAGCGUAGCUAUAUAGCAAGCAUUCUCAGUUGUAAUUAUUCAGAUAUUGACAAUAAGCUUUACAUUUGUUUCAACCAGCGUGGUGAAUCAAUUAAUAGCAUUAGGGUUCAGUUUCCUUUAAAAGUCAAUGUAACAUUUGAUGUAAAUCACAGUUAUUUUGUUGGCCUCAAUGAAGGAGUUACGAGGAUAAGCAUGAAUGUGUUACGUCGUCUUAUACCUAUACCAGAAGAUUUUAAAAGCCCUCCUAAAAAUAUUAGCAUUAACAUUAGAAGGCACCCACAUGGAGGGAUUGAUCUUGAUCCUGAGCAGUAUCCAGCAUUAGAAGCAAUACUCAGUAACCAAUGUUCAGCUCCUGUACUUGUACCUGGUGCUUUUGGCUGUGGUAAGACUCGUCUUCUUGCUGUGGCUACAGAAUGUUUCUUCAGAGAGCAUCGUGAGACUGGUCACCCUUCACCUUGUCGUAUUUUAAUCUGUUGCCAUCAUCAACAUUCUGCUGAUGUUUUUAUGGAUAGUUAUUUUAACAAAAUGCUGACAUACAAGAAGCACCCAUGGCCAGUAAAAGUUGUACGUGUUACAAGCUCACGGCAUCGAGUUGAUUAUCCUGGUUAUGUGCAAGCCGCCCGUUUCAAUAAUUCACCAUACAAAGAUGAAACUUCUUUUUUAUUGGUCACAACAUUUGGAGGAGCCCUGACAAUAUCUAGACGGGUUGAGCCUGAUUUCUUUACUCAUAUUCUAAUUGAUGAGGGAGCUCAGACUCGUGAACCUGAAGCUCUUAGUCCAUUUUUAAUGGCAAAUGAGAAUACUCGUAUUGUUAUUGCUGGAGAUCAUCAGCAGGUUGGUCCUCAGCUUCUUGUUCUUGGUAAAGCUCCUCAGCAGUUUGGUUUAUGUGUGUCACUGUUGCAACGAUUACUAGAGAAGUAUAAAUCUAUUGGAGACAUUACCAAGAGGAACACUCCAUCAUGGAAUAUUAAUUAUCGCUCACAAGCUGGCAUUUUAGAGUUACCUUCUAAGUUGUUUUACAAUUCAGAGCUGAAAGAUUGUGUUUUACUAAUGAUAUUCCAGUUGAUGCUCAGUGUUCUGUAG